GGGAGAUUUCAAUAAAUCACGGAUAUAAAUCCGUUCUUCUAAAUCAAGAAAAGGAUGGAAUAAACGGACAAACGGAAUUCAGACCAUUGCUUAACUGCUUAGACCAAGAAGACAGCUUGUUGAUCAGGACUAUACGAGAGAAAUACAUAGUCAAAGGUACAGGUGAACCAUACAAGUUCUCUAGACCGUAUGAUGCGCUGACCCAUCCUUUCCAAACUCAAGAUAUCAGAGAUCUAGUGUUUAAAAGUAGAGUAAAGAACGGGUUCUACAUAGAGGCAGGAUCUUAUGAUGCUGAAACCAUGUCUGUCAGUUUGUAUUUCGAGAAAGAAUAUAAUUGGACCGGGUUGUUGGUGGAGGCAAAUCCAAUGGACUAUGAGAAAGGACUGGAAAAGAACAGAAAAGGUUUGUAUGUGAACACCUGCCUUGGUGUUCAGUCCUCACCUCACACUGCUUUCCUAGACUUUAGUCCUAAAAUUAAAGGGACUGAGUGGACCUCAAUGGCUGGUUUGUCUGAUAGUAAGACAAGUAGUGGAAUACAGAUGCAAUGUUUACCUCUCUACAGUCUUAUACAGGCUGCUGGGAAUCCUACCGUAAACCUUCUAAUCCUUGAUAUAGAAGGAGCUGAGCUAGCUGUACUCAAAACGGUUCCUUGGGACAAGGUUGAUAUCCAGGUUAUGACAGUUGAAACGGAUUUGGUUGGAGACACAGGAAUAUCUGGGGGUUCACAGGAAACAAUAAGAAACUUUAUCAUCUCUCAGGGAUAUCGCAUGUUUCGGCACAAGCAUAAUACAAACUUUAUGACAGGGAAAGACAACAAUGAUCUAUUUGUACGUGAAGAUAUUGUAAAACUGUGGAAUAUUCAACAAUUAAUACUUUAAAUAAAAGGAUAUCUAAUGAGAAAUUA